AUGGCAGAAAACCUUACAACGCAUUUCCCAAAACGCUUCUCUGACGCACUGAAGCAAGUCGCUCGGGAACAAGGAUUUACCGAAGGCUUCUACCGCUUCCAGAGUGGGUCAGGAUGUAAUGUGGGUGACGGUUUCGCUGGUGAUUUAGUGAAGGUAUCCAUUCGUGAGACAGGCCGUGAGCUGGUAGUGUUGUGUAAGCUACUGCCGGAAAACGAAAUACGAAAACAACAGGGCGUUCCGUUGUUUGAUAGAGAAUCAGAAGCGUACGUGCAAAUACUGCCUUUGUUACUCAAGUUCCAACGUGAAAAGAAUCUCCCCGAGGGAUUGCCCAGAUUUAACAAUGUGCCGCGAUGUUACUACGCGAAGACUACAGUUGACAAGAUGGAAUCAGUGAUCAUUAUGGAGGAUCUACGAUUGCAAGCAUUUCGUAUGUGGGACAAAGCGAACCCAGUGGAUUUCGAACAUGCGCGACUACUCAUGAUCACUUUAGGACGCCUUCAUGCACUUUCGUUUGCCAUGAAAGAUCAACGACCGGAUGAGUUUGCGCAGUGCCGUGAGUUUACCGAUCCAAUGACCACAAUGCUUGCCCUUGAUCCGAAGAAUACAUUUGAAAAAAUGACGUCGAGCAUGUGUCGUAGAGCAAUCGAUACACUCGAAAAGCAUGAUACCUUCCGACGGAGAAAACUCGAACAAAUACAAGAUCGUAUUGUGCAGGAAAUUACAGCAUGUGUCGAUGGAAAAGCUGCCGAGCCUUACGCUAUUAUAGGCCAUGGUGACUGUUGGUCCAACAACAUGAUGUUUCAAUACCAAGAAGAUAAUCAAACUCCGAAGACCAUCAAAUUGAUCGACUGGCAACUGUCUAGGUACGGCUCCCCGGUACUUGACUUGGUCUACUUCAUAUUCAACUGUACCGACGAAGAACUGCGUGCUCACAGCUACCAACGACUGCUGAGCAUCUACUACAACAGUCUUAGCGAACAUCUACACAACCUGGGAGGAAAUGUCGAACGCCAGUUCCCGCGCAGUGCCUUCCGUGAUCAACUAAAACAAUUCGGUCGAUAUGGAUUUCUGUUAUCCAUGAUGGUUAUGCCGAUCAUUUGCACUCCAAAUGACGAGCUGCCCGAUACGGAUACCGCAAUGAAUGGAAUUAUGGAAGAAAAUCCCACCGGUACCAAUGAGAUCAAUUUCGUCUACGGCACAACGGAAAAAGCGGCUAUUCGGUACCGAUCGCGCAUGUCCGGCUGUAUCCGAGAUACUAUAAGGCUGGGAUACCUUUGA